AUGAAGACAACCUCUUAAACUUAGUAUAAGUUUGAUUAAUCUUAGGUGAGUUGGAAAAAUAUUCAUUACAAAUUUAUUGAUAAGUUAUAAUAAAAACAAUCUAUCUUUUUGGCUUAAGAUCUCAAAAAUAAUGCUCGAUAAGUCAUUAUAAAAUAAAUUAAUAAUUCAUCAAAAAAAUAUUAAGAGAGAGAAAAAGAAUUUACUUAAGAACUCAUAAAAUAAGCAAAAUUUUCUUAUUAUAAUCCCUACGUUGUUCAAUAUUAUGACUUGUUUGAAGAAGACGAAAGUAUCUUUAUUGUUAUGGAAAAAUGCGAUAGUGACCUCGAGAAAUACUAUUAAUAAAAAAUGGAAGAAAAAUCAAACAUUAAUUAUGCUCAAGUACUCAAUAUCUUUUAACAUAUUGUUCAUGGAUAUUAGUAUCUAUAUUAUUUAUUUGGACCAGAAUUUUAGCAUCGAGAUAUUAAGCCUUCCAACAUUUUAAUUUUGGAGGGGAAGCAUAAAAUAUGUGAUUUUGGAUUUAGUAAAAAUUCUUUAGAUAAUCCCACCAAAUAUGUAGGUACUUUAAAUUUUUAAGCUCCUGAAAUAUUUAGAAAUUGUCUAUAUGAUAAUAAAUGUGAUAUUUAUUCUUUAGGAAUAUUAUUACUUUGGCUUUUGACUGGAUCUACAUUUAAAGAAAAUAUAUAAAAAUUAGAUUUCAAUUUUUCUGAAUUAGUAAAAAGUAUGGUGGAUGAUGAUCCAAAUUAAAGAAUAGGUUGGAACACGCUUUUUAGACAUCCUGCUUUUGUUUAAAAGCCAGAAAUUUUCUUAAAUAUAAAAAGAGAUAAUAAUACUUCAAUCUCUUUACACAGUUUAGCUUAAUUAUUUGAUAAUUAAGAGACCGAUAUUAGUUUUGCUACGAAAGUAAAUACUUCUUUUAUUAAAAACAAUUGUAUACCUCAAUUUGAAUUAAAUAAAUUAAUUAGUGACACCUUUAAACAUGUAGAUAAGAACAAUAUCGAACUUUCAAGAAUAUUAUUUGCACUUUGGAUAAAAUAUUACGAUCGAUUAAUCUUAAUUGAAAAUGAUUAAAAAAGAAGGGAUGAAUAUCAUAAAUAGAAAGUAAAUAUUUAAAGGCAGCAAUUAUUCAGAAUUAAAAAUUAAGUUGAUUAUAGAAUAGAAUUUUUAUCUCUUAAUGAACUGUGCAGAUAAUUAUUGAAUCAUUUAGAACAUUUUAAUGAAGAUUCAGGAUUGCAAGAUAGAUUGAAAGAUUUUCUAAAAAACAGCAUGAAAAAUAAGUGA